CCAGGGAGACAUUUCGCGCCAUUCUUAGAGCCCUCCUCCUAUUCGUUUGCACCUUGUGGGUAACGUCGGUGCUGGGCUCAAAAUUGUUUUUAACUCUACAGAUCUUCUGCUCACGGUUUCUGGAAUUAUAUCAGGUCUUUUUUGUUUAAUAGCAACCGAGGAAGAUCUUCUAAAAUGCCUGUAAAAGAUUACGCAACUGAGAAAGAUAAAUUAAAGAAAUUCCUUCAAGAGUUCUACACUGAAGAUGAGUCCGGCAAGAAAAUUUUCAAGUAUGGGACACAGCUGGUGCAGAUAGCUCACCGGGAGCAAGUGUCACUCAUCAUUGAUCUGGAUGACCUGGCAGAAGAUGAUCCCGAGCUUGUUGAUUCAAUCUGUGAAAAUACUAGGCGUUAUGUGAACCUUUCUGCAGAUGCUAUACAUGAAAUCCUUCCAGAAUAUAAAGAGAGGGAGGUUGUCAUGAAAGAUGCACUAGAUGUCUAUAUUGAGCACAGGCUUAUGAUGGAACAGAGAGGCCGUGAGCAGAAUGAGAGCCGAGAUCCCAGGAAUCAGUAUCCAGCCGAACUCAUGAGGAGAUUUGAGGUGUACUUUAAGCCUCCCAGCACAUUAAAGCCUCGUGUGGUCCGUGAUGUUAAAGCAGACAGUAUUGGAAAGUUGGUUACUGUGAGAGGUAUAGUCACUCGAGCAACAGAAGUCAAGCCAAUGAUGGUGGUAGCUACCUACACAUGUGACCAGUGUGGCGCAGAGACAUAUCAGCCGAUCCAGUCUCCCUCCUUCAUGCCCUUGAUCAUGUGCCCAAGUCAAGAGUGUGUAACAAAUAAGUCAGGGGGUCGACUGUAUAUCCAGACUCGGGGAUCAAAAUUCAUCAAGUUUCAGGAGAUUAAGAUUCAAGAACAUAGUGACCAGGUGCCAGUGGGCAAUAUCCCCCGUAGUAUGACUAUUUUUGCUCGUGGUGAAAACACACGCUUGGCUCAACCAGGGGACCACGUUGCAGUCAGUGGGGUCUUUUUGCCAUUACUGAAAACAGGAUUUCGACAGGCUGUGCAGGGGCUCCUUUCAGAGACCUACUUGGAGGCUCAUCGGAUUAUCAUGAUGAAUAAAACUGAGGAUGAUGAACUGGGAAUGGAAGAACUUGGUGAGGAAGAGUUGCGGCAAAUCACAGAGGAAGAUUUCUAUGAGAAGCUUGCCUCUUCUAUUGCCCCAGAAAUCUAUGGCCAUGAAGAUGUAAAAAAAGCAUUGCUUCUCCUUCUAGUAGGAGGAGUAGACCAGUCUCCUAAAGGCAUGAAGAUCAGAGGUAAUAUUAAUAUCUGCCUGAUGGGUGAUCCUGGUGUAGCCAAAUCACAACUUCUUUCCUACAUUGACAGACUGGCUCCCAGAAGUCAGUACACAACAGGACGUGGCUCAUCAGGUGUAGGUUUGACUGCUGCCGUGAUGAAGGAUCCCAUUACAAAUGAAAUGACAUUAGAAGGGGGUGCCCUCGUGCUUGCUGACCAAGGAAUCUGUUGCAUUGAUGAGUUUGAUAAAAUGAUGGACUCUGAUAGGACUGCUAUUCAUGAAGUCAUGGAACAACAGACCAUAUCUAUUGCUAAGGCUGGUAUCAUGACUUCCCUAAAUGCGCGCUGCUCCAUCCUUGCGGCUGCCAAUCCUGCGUAUGGUCGCUAUAAUCCAAAGAAGUCUGUAGAGCAAAACAUCCAGCUUCCUGCUGCUUUGCUGUCUAGGUUUGACCUGCUGUGGUUGAUCCAAGAUAAGCCUGACCGUGAUAAUGAUCUUCGUCUGGCUCAGCACAUUACUUAUGUCCACCAGCACAGCAAGCAGCCACCAUCUCAGUUUGUCCCUAUUGAUAUGAAAUUGAUGAGGCGAUAUAUUGCCCUUUGCAAGAAAAAGCAACCUGCUAUUCCUGAGUCUCUGGCAGAUUACAUCACAGCUGCCUAUGUGGAAAUGAGGAAGGAGGCCAGGGUCAACAAAGACAUGACUUUCACAUCAGCCAGGACACUGCUGUCCAUUCUUCGUUUGUCAACUGCUCUUGCUCGUUUGCGACUAGUAGAUUUGGUUGAGAAGGAAGAUGUUAAUGAAGCAAUGAGACUCAUGGAGAUGUCCAAGGACUCUCUGCAGGCAGACAAAACGCAGACAACGAGGACACAGAGGCCUGCUGAUGUGAUUUUUGCCACACUCCGUGAAAUGGUUCCCGACCGAGGUGUACGCAGCGUAAAAUUUGGUGAGGCAGAGCAGAGGUGCAUCUCUAAAGGCUUCACGCCAGCUCAGUUUGAAGCAGCCCUUGAGGAGUACGAGGAGCUCAAUGUCUGGCAAGUUAAUCAGGCUCGGACCCGCAUCACCUUUGUUUAAGGUGCCAUACUUUGUAACUGGACUGCACUUGAUAUACCUUGCUGUGCUUAUACAGAGUUUCUACCUGUGUAUGUAUGUGAAUAGAAAGCUGUACCGAGAGAUAUUUAAAAUGUUUGACUACUUGGUUUAUCUCCACCAUUCUGUGCUUAGAAUGUGUGGUUUUUGUAUUCACUUUUAAUUGCCAAUUAAACCUGUUUUUACUGCUC